CAAUCUCACGCAUCCGAAAAAUGCAAGACAAAAAGGGAAAAACAAAAUGAGACACAAAAUUUUCGCCGAUCCGAAACUUGGAGAGGAAACAAAGCCUCGUUCGCGCAACUCCAAGCUUCUCUUUCUCUCUCUCGUGCACUGAUUCAGCGUUUCCCCUUCUCCGGAGCAUUACGAGCAAACCCAACUGAGUAAAGAAGAAGAAGAAGAAGAAGGGACAAGAUCAAUGGGGGGUUUUGCAAUGGGUUCUGCGUUCGAUUCCAAAUCUGGGCAAAUUAUAAUGGGCGCUUUGCUUUUGAUGAUUGUUUCGUUCUACGCUGGCACCCUCUUCGGAAACAAUGCUCCCCUUUACGUCUCUCAGCUUGUUUCUCAUUCUUCUUCUUCUUCUCCCAACAAUGUUUCCUCUAAUGGUACGGCCAUAUUUACUAACAAAGUUGCUCUGACAUACCGGAAAACUCCUCUUGUAAUUCCAGAAACUGGGGUGGAUGUAUGCCCUUUGACGUUCAAUGAGUAUAUUCCCUGCCAUGAUGUUUCCUAUGUGGCAACAUUGGCCCCGAGUCUCGAUUUUUCUAGAAAAGAAGAACUGGAGAGACACUGUCCUCCUCUUGAAAAGCGCUUAUUUUGCUUGGUUCCCCCACCAAAGGAUUAUAAAAUACCUAUCAAGUGGCCUCUUAGCAGGGAUUAUGUUUGGCGAAGUAAUGUGAAUCACACGCAUCUUGCAGAAGUGAAAGGAGGCCAAAAUUGGGUCCAUGAGAAGGAUCAGCUCUGGUGGUUUCCUGGUGGUGGUACCCAUUUCAAGCAUGGGGCUUCUGAGUACAUAGAGAGGUUGGGACAUAUGAUUACCAAUGAGGCUGGUGAUCUGCGUUCUGCAGGGGUAGUUCAAGUUCUUGAUGUUGGAUGUGGUGUGGCCAGUUUUUCAGCUUAUCUUCUUCCCUUGGAUAUACGAACAAUGUCCUUUGCCCCCAAGGAUGGUCAUGAAAAUCAGAUUCAAUUUGCAUUAGAACGAGGGAUUGGUACAAUGAUCUCUGCCUUGUCCACAAAACAACUACCAUAUCCUAGCGAGUCAUUUGAAAUGAUUCACUGUUCACGGUGUCGAAUAGACUUUCAUGAAAAUGAUGGGAUUUUACUGAAGGAGUUGAAUCGCCUUCUUCGCCCUAAUGGGUACUUUGCUUAUUCAGCUCCCCCCGCUUAUAAAAAGGAUAAAGAUUAUCCUGUCAUUUGGGACAAGUUGGUGAGUUUGACUACAGCAAUGUGCUGGAGACUCAUUGCUCGACAAGUUCAGACAGCAAUAUGGAUUAAAGAAAAUAACCAGUCAUGCCUUCUGCAUAAUGCUGAACAAAAUCUUAUAAAGCCCUGUGAUGCUGCUGAUGAUUCUAAACCUUCAUGGAAUAUCCAACUUAAGAAUUGUGUACAAGUUAGAAAUUCUAAAACAGAUUCUUACAAGCUUCCUCCUAGUCAUGAGCGCCAUUCAGUGUUUUCUGAGAACCUUAACAUGAUAGGUAUAAAUCGGGAUGAAUUUAAUUCAGAUACUCUCUUCUGGCAAGAACAAAUCGGUCAUUACUGGAGAUUGAUGAACGUCAAGGAGACAGAUAUACGCAAUGUGAUGGAUAUGAAUGCCUAUUGUGGUGGAUUUGCUGUUGCACUAAAUAACUUUCCUGUUUGGGUAAUGAAUGUAGUUCCUGCGAGCAUGAAGAACACUUUAUCUGGAAUUUAUGACCGGGGAUUGAUUGGAGCCUUCCAUGAUUGGUGUGAACCAUUUUCAAGUUAUCCUCGGACAUAUGAUCUUUUGCAUGCUAACUACCUCUUCUCCCACUACAAAACAAAAGGGGAAGGUUGUUUACUGGAGGAUAUCAUGCUGGAGAUGGACCGUCUUAUACGACCACUGGGAUUUAUUAUCAUCAGGGAUGAGGAAGAUAUUACCUCAAGAAUCAAAGAGGUUGCCCCAAAAUUCCUGUGGGAUGUGGAAUCGCAUCUGUUAGAAAACAAAGAAAAGAAAAUGGAAACUGUAUUAAUUUGCAGGAAAAAGUUCUGGGCAAUUGUCUAAAGUGAUUUGACUUUAGCUUUCUCAGCUUAGAAAUUGCUCUCAAGGAUAGGGUAAUUUGUAAUGUUAUAGUUCUUAUGUAUCAGCUUUGUUCAUUGCACCACGAUCAUUUUGUGUAGAUGUCUAGAUGGCACUCGUUUAAAUAUUCAAGUGAUUUGGUCAAAAUUAAGUAUAUAAAUAGGAGCAUUUCUUACCUUAA